AUGUAGUAAGAAAUGUUGAAUUCAAGCUACUAGGGAUCUUAGUCAGGAGUUUAGGAAUAAGCUCAUUCUGAGUAGCAAGAAGAAAACUUCAUUUAUUAAAUAUUUGAUAGUAAAGAUUUCUUUUCUGUUGAAGAUUAAGUUAUUGUCCCAUUUAAAGAUACUGGUGUCCCUGAUUACUAUGGAUCUUUUAGCAUAACUUUAAACUUUAUUUUGAAAAAAAAUGAACCUAAAAGAAAGGAGAAUUUGACCUUGUUUUAGACAGGUUAAACUCAUAAAAAGAAUUUAAUAAUAGCUAUCACUCCUUAAAAUACACUAAAAGUGACAUUCAGAUAAGGGCAAGAGUAGGAAUUCAUGUACUCGCAGACAAAAGUGAAACCUAAUAUAUCUUAUGAUUUAUGCAUAGUCUACGAAGUUGUUAGAGAACAAGAUGAAAUAAUGUUUUAUAAUAUCACCCUCUACUUAAAUGGUAAAAGUGAAACGAAUCUGUCAUUAAACUCUGAAAUCACAAAACCUAGUGGAAACAUUUACUUUGGUUCUGAAUCUGCUUUGGGAACAUUUGUAGGUGAAAUUUCUCAUGCAUAUUUUGUCACUAGAAACUUAUCUGAAGGAGAAAUUAUUAGUUUACAUAAUGAAAAAAAACUUAAUCCUAUGGAUCCUAAAAAUCCUCAUGCAAUUUUAGAAGAAGCUUAACAAUCCUAAUUUGGAGGAGGUAAUCAAGAUUUACAUAAUGCUUCUCGCAGAAGUGUACCUGCAACUUUAUAAAGGACACACAUUACAAUUCUUUAGAAUCACAUAUCAGGUUAAAGUUAGAUGGUUGUACUUGACAAUAAAUCUAUUAGAUCUAUGAAUAAACAACAGUUUGAAUAGGCUGAAUUAAACGCUAUCUUUUCUCGCGAUCCUUAUCUCGAAUAGCAAUUCCGUCAGCUUUCAUAUCAUUUUAAAUGGGUUAUGUGUACUUUAUAAUAAUUAUCUCCACCAAUCGAAGAAAUUGGCAAGGCUAGUCUUCCUUUUACUUGCUUGCAAAAUUUGAUAGCUUCUGGGCGUAUCUAAUCAAAAUUAUCUCUACCUCUUUAUAUUAUAGAAUUCAAAAGAUUUAUGAAAGUAUUGAGAUAUGCUGAUAUUAGAAUAUCUGAAGAAAAUAUUAUGUAAAUAGCCAAUAUAACUAAGACAUAUUAUGAGUUUAAAACUGGUGAUCCUGAAUUUGAAGAAUUUCAGUAGCAGUUCAGAAAGAACUAUGGAUGUAUACAUAUGAAUGUUACAAAAUAAUCUGAAGAAGAUGAGUUUAAAUUUAAAGGUGUUAUAUAUGAUAAGCUACUUAUAGCAAUCAGAGACACCGUUUUACUUCCAGAAGAAGUUGAUAAUAUUAGACGUGAAUAUUCUGACGUUCCUGGCGUUAUUGACGAAGUUAAUAUGGAAGAAGCAACCCCUGCCUCUGCUAAAAGAUCCCCGUAAAAAAGAAUUUUUACCUAAAAUUCAUAGUAGGAUGUUGUUGAUAAUAAAGCCUAAGAAGAGGAAUCUCGUAAAAGAUAAGAAUUAGCUAAUUAAUUAUAUGAAGAAAAGUUGAAAAUUCUGAAUUGUCAGCCUUUACUACACUAUCAAGCAGGAUAAAAUGUUGUUUAUAAUUCAUAUAAUGCACUCUUAAAUUUACUAGAAAUAUCCAAGAAAGAUAUUUCGGAAGCUAAUUUAUACGUAUUUAAAGGAAUUUUCCUGCAAAGAACUUACCUAGGAGCUAAUAUUUAAUACCCUAACAUUCUUGAACUUCACAGAAAGUUUUUCUAAAGUGUUGCUUCAAAGGGCAAUAUUUUCUCACAAAUGGAAAUCAUAUUUAAAAAUAUGUGCACUCAGGGAUAAGAAGAACUAGAUUUCAACUCAUUUUUUAACUAUUGGACAAAGAGUAUUUCAGGAAAUGACUCGAAAUCAGAUGUUUAGCAAGUAUUUGAGGAUAUGCAAAUUACUAAAAACGGAUUUAUAACUAUAAAAGAUAUGUAUUACUAUUUCUAAAGCUAUGAAAUUGUAUUCUUGUACCAAAAAAAAGAUACAGACACACAUGUUAUGUUUGGCCUUUACAACAACCAAACAGAAGAAAAUAUUGUUCGCUCUGAAAUAUGCCCUAAUAAUUACAGUUCUAUAAGAUCAAUGGCUUUCACAUCUAAAAGACAUCCUAAAACUGAUUAAAAAUUCUUUGUUUUACACUCCCUAAAGCAAACCUAUCGUAAUGAAAAAAAUGAACUUGUUGAUUUGAAAGCUUUUGAAAACUUUGUUCUUGACUAAAAUGUUUAAUACGAAUUAUAAGAAUUAUCUUAUUCUCCUAUAAGUCCAUAGGAUAGCUAUGGUAUUGAAAUAACUGUCAAUUUACUUGUAAACUAGGAAGUAUUCGGAAAUCAUUAAAUUGAUUAUUCUUUACUUUAAGUAAAGCCUCUUUAUAAGCAUGAAGCAGAGGCUUCCUAAUAAAUAGUUAAGUAAAUUAAUGAAAAACACAAAUAAAUUUUAGGCCCUAUCGCUUAGUAAUAAGCAGAGCCUCAGUCUCCAACUGUUUCACCAAGAGCUUAAUCAGAUAUUGGUCCUGACUAAAUUGAAGAAAGAGAAUAACUCCCUGUACCUGAUCCAUCUUGGAAUUAGGGAAAAUUUAUUAUUAAUGUAAACAGAUGCACUCAUUGCGAUACUCAUACCACAACCACUUGGCAUGAUGAAGUUGAUUUUAUCGAAAAAUUCAACCAUUUUGGUGAGUCAAUGAAAUAAAUUUUCCCUAACUGCGAAAUUGUUGGUAAUUAUGAUAAACCUGGAGUCCACUAUGAAAAUUUCGAUGUUUAUAUCAGAGGUGUUGGUCCUGAAUCAGAUAGAGACAGUCAAGGAAGAAUUUGGUUGUAUAGUAAGACAGAAGGAAUUUUUUCUUUCUUGUAUUACUUCGGUUUAAGAAUACUAAAAGCUUAUGAUAAGUUAGUAUUACUAGCAUCUGGUUACGGAAAUACUAUUGAAAUGGAAAAGGUAUAAGAAUAUUAUCUUAGCAGAUUUGAGAGUAUGAUACCCUAGAAAUGGUCUGAGUCCCAUUCUUUCCCAUUGGAAGUACCAAAAAGAAAAGUAGAAAUCUAAAGAGAAAUAGAAGAAGAAAAUAUGGUAAAGGAAGGAACUAGAAUGAUAUGUAGGAAUUGGGGUUGUGGGAAGGCAUAUGAUUUUACUGCAGAUCCUAUAUCUACAAAAUAUGCUUGCAGAUAUCACCCAGGAACUUAUCAAUUGGGAUCUAUUCAUGCUCUUUGGCCAGAAAGUUGGACUUGUUGUCGUGGUGAAUGGGCUUCACAAGGCUGCAGAAAAGGACCUCAUAAAGGAGUUGUUGAAAAGAAAUAUUUAUUUUUAUGCUUAAAUGUUGGAGAAAAAAAUCCUAGAACAAAAAGACCAGACUCAGCAUGUGGAAAGCUUUAUAAUGAUGAUUUCCCAUCUGACUGUGUAAUUCAUCCUGGAUUUUUCAAGAGAAGUAAACCUAAUUCUGAAGAAGGAGAAUGGACAUGCUGCUAAGAUGGAAACCCAAAUUCAGGUGGAUGUCAAGCAUAACCUUCUCAUACUAAAGCAGAAUGGCCUGAUGUAGAAGCUAAAAAAUAUUUUGUCGAAAAAUAAAUAACUAACCCUGGGCUAAUAAAGUAUGAUGGAAAAAAGCUUCCAGUUGUAAGUUAAAGUCAAAUUGAACCAUACAAAAAGGCUGCUUUGAGAGCUUGUGUUUAUAGAGAAAGUCUUCCAUAUACUCCAUUUGUUAAUUAAGAAAAACGUAAAAAAGAAGAGAGAAAGCUAAAUGAAAACGAAUUAAGAGUAUGUAUACACUAUGGAUGUAUUAAAAAAAUAGAUGGCAGAUACAAACAUUUAGUUGAGUUUUCUGACAUAGAAAACGACAAAUUUAGAGAGAAGAGAAAAAGAAAUUGCAGAUAUCAUCCAGGUACCUUUGACUUUGGUCACACUGGUGUUACAAGUGUUUCAUAGGCUUCGACAGAUACUCUUUGGAAACCUCAUUGGACAUGCUGUAGAUAAGAAUGGGAAUCAGAAGGUUGUGAAAAAGGAUAUCAUGAUGGACCUCUACUUAAAGAAUUUGUUGAAGAGUUGAGAGAAAAGGCUAAAGCUGUAUAUGAUGAAUGGAAGUAGAAAGAAGAUUUCUUGAAAUAAAUUAAAAUGCAAGAAGAUCAUAUAAAUGAUAGAUUUAGCAGAGAUGAAGCUGAAAGAAAUAAUGAAUUAGCUAAACUUCCUUUAAGAUAUAAUUAAUAAGAUCAUAUGAGAGCUCAAGAAAUUGUUCUCGCUUACUCAAGUUUACUUGAUUAGGCCAAAAAAAAUAAUAGAGUUCUUAUAGAUUUCUAUGACAAAGAAUUUUGGCCAAAUAUAAGAGCAUAAAAAAGAUUCUAAAAGCAAAUAUCCAGUUUAUGGAAAAGUAAACUGGAAGGUUAUAAAGUGGGUGACCAUGAAGUCAAAGGACUCUACGUUGAUGCAAAUGAAUUAAGAAAUUACUGGCAAUUAGUUUUCAAAAAAGAAGAAUCCGUUUCGUUUGGAAGACUGCCCAGUUUAUGUGAUAAACUUCAUUUGCACUUAUUUGCCGUUAGUGAUAGACUUGAUUAUCAUUAUAAAUUCUGGGAUGUUGUUAAUAAGGAUCUAUAAUGGCUAACAAAUACAGAUACAAUUUCAAGAGAAUAGUUUAUUGAGUGGUGGUUCAUGGAAACUGAUGAGUAUCUUGAAAGAAAAGAAAGCUAUAAAGAAGAAUAAAGAAGAAAAUAAUAGCAAAGCAAAUUUUGA